AUGUCGUUAAAGGCCAGGUGCUGCAAUAUUGUUGUUGUUUCUUCGCCGGAUGUCGCCAAAGAAAUGCUCACCAAACACGACCGCAACAUAUCCGGGCGGUUCGUGCCGGUGGCGACAGAGGCAUGUGACCACAACAAGUAUAGCUUCGGCCUCGCCCGGCCAGACCCUUCUGGCGCAAGUGCCGCCAGCCAGGGCCUCCCGGGAGACAAGUUGAUGCAGCUGUACGAGCACGUGAAGGACUGCGCCAGUCGCGGCCGGCCUGGAGCUCAAGGAGACCCUGGAUGGAGUGUCAACACAAUUUUUGCACCAAAUAUGGCCGAUUACUUCCCCAUUUUAAAAGGGACAGAUCUGCAGUGCAUCAAGAGCCGUGGAGAGAAAUCUUUAGGGAAAAUCUUGGGGAUUCUUGAAGAUGUGAUUCAGAAGAGAUUAGAGUCGAUUUCUUCCAAUGAAUCUUCGCAAAAACACUACGUUCUUGCAGCGCUUCUUGACGCUAAUAACAGAAAGGAAUACGACAUUAGCAUCGACGACAUCAAGCAUCUCAUCGUGCUCAUUUCUCAAUCCGUACAAUCAAAACCAUUUUACAAAAAUGUCAUUUUCCCUAAUCUAUUUCAUCGUACCAAUAGAUUAGGGGUGCCGGCGCACCGGAAAAGCGUCCGGCUGCCGCCGGGGCCUUAUCCAUUUCCGAUCAUCGGCAACCUCUUCCAAAUUGGCCGGAACCCACACCGAUCCCUCGCCAACCUCUCCAAAACUUACGGCCCAUUAAUGUCUCUCAAGAUAGGGUUCCGAAAUAUAGUGGCCGUUUCCUCGCCGGAGGUCGCCAAAGAAAUGCUCACCAAGCACGAUCUCGCCAUUUCCGGCAGGUUCGCUCCGGCGGCUUCCGAGGCAUGCGACCACCACAUGUAUUGCUUCGGCAUUCUCCCUGUCGGGCCUUUCUGGCGCAAGUGCCGUAAAAUCUGCCGGGAACUGCUGUUCUCUCCGGCCAAACUUCAGGCCAGCCAGGGCCUCCGGCGAGACAAGCUGAACCAGCUCUACGACCACGUGAAGGACUGCGCCGCCCGCCGGCGAGCUGUGAAUAUCGGAGAAGUCGUGUUUACAACGACGCUGAACCUCAUGUCUGCCACGAUGUUCUCUUUCGAUCUCGGGGAGUUCAAUUCAGUCGCCGCCGGCGAGCUCAAGAAGGCCUUGGACGAUGUAAUCGACACAGUUUCUGCGCCGAAUAUCGCCGAUUACUUCGCCAUUUUGAAAGGGACUGAUCUGCAGGGCCUCAAGCGCCGGGGAGAGCGAUCUCUAGGUAAAAUCUUGGGGAUUCUUGAAGAUGUGAUUCAGAAGAGAUUAUUAGAGUCGAUGUCUUCUCAAAAACACGACUUUCUUGCCGCGCUUCUUGACGCCAAUAACAGAAAGGAACACGACAUUAGCAUCGAGGAGAUCAAGCAUCUCAUCAUGGAUUUACUAAUGGCGGGAGCAGAUCCAAUGUCGAGCACAAUAGUUUGGGGCAUGACAGAGUUGCUAGGCAAUCCAGAAAAAGCAGCCAAACUAAAAGAAGAGUUGAGGACCGUAAUCGGAGAAGACAAACAAGUUGAAGAAUCGGAUAUAUCGAGGCUUCCAUACUUGCAAGCUGUGGUUAAAGAAGUGAUCAGAUAUCACCCUCCCGGACCACUCUUACUACCCCACAAGGUCGAAGCCGACAUACAAGUCAUGGGAUAUACGAUCCCAAAGGACACAAUAAUUUUAAUCAAUGUAUGGUGUAUAGGAAGAGAUUCAAACAUCUGGUCCAAUCCUGACUCCUUUGAGCCCGAGAGAUUUCUAGACAGCAAAAUCGACUUCGAAGGUCACCAUUUUGAGUAUCUGCCCUUCGGAUCCGGCAGGCGAAUAUGCCCGGGGAUGCCAUUGGCCGAGCGAAUGCUGCAUCUUGUCAUCGCAUUUUUUAUUCAUAACUUUGAGUGGAAACUUGAAGAAGGACAACAACUCGACUUUAGCGACAGGUUUGGUGUCGCACUGCACAAGCGUCUUCCGCUCAUAGCUGUGCCUUCACUUAGAGAUAUUGCUUAACGUAAUCUAAUUGAUAGUUUGAAAUUACUCAUGUAUUUCGAAUAUAUCUCCUUUAGCAUGUUUUUGAAACUCUGAUAUUUUUAUGGUAUUGUUGCUC